AUGGUUUUUUUUGGAAAUUCAGAACUUCAGAAACUCAGAAUUUUAGAAUUUUUGUGUUUCUGGAAAAUCUCAGAAUCUCAGAAUCUCAGAAUCUUAGAAUCUCAGAAUCUCAGAAUCUCAGAAUCUCAGAAUCUCAGAAUCUUAGAAUCUCAGAAUCUCAGAAUCUCGGAAUCUCAGGAUAUCGGAAUCUCGGAAUCUCAGAAUCUCGGAAUCUCAGAAUCUCGGAAUCUCAGAAUCUCAGAAUCUCAGAAUCUCAGGAUCUCAGAAUCUCAGAAUCUCAGAAUCUUAGAAUCUCAGAAUCUCAGGAUCUCAGAAUCUCAGAAUCUCAGGAUCUCAGAAUCUCAGAAUCUCAGAAUCUUAGAAUCUCAGAAUCUCAGAAUCUCAGAAUCUCAGAAUCUUAGAAUCUCAGAAUCUCAGAAUCUCGGAAUCUCAGGAUAUCGGAAUCUCGGAAUCUCAGAAUCUCGGAAUCUCAGAAUCUCGGAAUCUCAGAAUCUCAUAAUCUCAAAAUCUCAGAAUCUCAGAAUCUCAAAAUCUCAGAAUCUCAGAAUAUCAGAAUCUCAGAAUCUCAAAAUGAUUUCUGAUGAAUUCAGACUUUCCCAGAAUGUUGGACCUUUGGAAAUCUGA